CUACGGCACUCGAGGACGGUCGCAUCCUAAUGCCACGAAAAACGUUAAUUUAAUUUUAGUGAAGAUUUUUAUAUUUACCUAGUUCUAUUUUAUCACAGGAGUAGAAGAUGAGAAAUGCAUUUGUUGUUUUAGUUUCCUUGUGUAUUGGAGUUGUUUCCGGAUUUAUUGUGCCCUCGAGUCUUCCAGAGCUUGAAAGUAAAUGGAACGACUCCACAACGGAAUCAACAAGCAACGUUCCGGGCGAUGCAAAUGCUACUACGUUCCCAUUGAAAUAUGCUGUACUGCCCAAAAGUAGGAAUGAUAUCGAUGAAAAGGAUCUUUACGAGCAUGCUACAGAGAAACAGAACAACCAGAAUGAGAGAGCUUUUAUAUACAUCAAUCAGAAGUUUAAGAAACCAGUUCGUAACAGAGUUAUUAAAAUAGCGCCAGUAGACAAAAUAGUGUAUGCUACAGCACCACCGCCAACGUUGCCAAACAUGGUAACUCCUUGUCCACUCGGUAACCGGGUUACUUCCAAUUCAUACUUCCAAGGAUUUGAAUUGUCUGACAAACUUCCACAAGACAUGGCGUCGUAUUUUGCAGAUCCGACCGUAUUUAGAUGCAAAGAUAACAAUAAAAACCUAAAUUAUAAUAAUAAAAUUACACCAGAUACUACUCCAUUACAAUUUCCACCUCAACCACUAAAUAGAUUGGACGAACGCAGGGAAUACUUCGAACUUUUGAAACCACCCAUAGUACGACCAGUGAACCGAAUAAAUACUAAGACGAACUAUGAGAGUAUUCGUCAGAAUGAAUUCCCCUCACUAUCACCCUCAAGUAUUACACCCUACAAAGAAAAUUAUUUCAAAAAGUAUAACUUGAAAAGUCCAUAUUACGUGGCAAAGCCGAAAAUGACGCCCAUGCGUCAAGAGGAUUUACGUACUAAAAAUUAUGGGUUCGACGGCUCAUACAUCAGACCUCCUUUCCAAGCUAAAGAUCUAAUUCAUAGAGCGGAAGAGGCUAAUUUCGAAGGGGACUUUAUCAAUGAAGACGAUUCUCAUAGAUUAUAUGACAAUAACCAAGAGGAGGAUAAAUUAUUGGACAAAUACCUAAAAGAUACUUUAGAAGAUCAAAAUUACGAUAAAGGGAAUAGUAAUAUGCCCGAUUGUAGUUACCGAGACUGUAUUCUACAAAAUUCAAGACCAUAUACAAAAGCCGGCCGCCUAGUUAAACCUGAUUGUAAAUGUGGAAAACGAUUGAAUAUAAAGCAAAUCGAUCCAUUCUUAGUAAAGGACAGAGCUUUAAGAGAAGAAGGAAAACACAAUGAUACUGAUUUUAAAGGAUCGUCUGAAAUUAACUACUAUGAGGAAAUGUUAUCUGAAGACUUAAAUGUAAUCAAACAAGAUGACGAUGUUGUGAGGCCGCCGAACAAGUUUAACGAAACUUCUGUGCACUAACCGAUAGUCCACAGAGAUAUUUUACUAACUGAAGAGUUAGAUGUAGCUUCUAUGCAAUUUACUAUGGCGCUCCGCAAAGCAGGCUGUCGAGGCAGUUGACCAACGCGCUGCAUUUAUAAUAUAAAAUUCUAAAAGUACAGUCGAAGAAUACGCAGGUCUUGAAGCAACUAUUCCACAGGAAAGUGCUCGCAGUGUAGAUCACGAUAACGACUGCUCAAAGCUAUCGCGAUUGAGAUCUCUGCGCGCGCAUCCCUCUUCUUACCGGCGUUUGUUGCUCCGAGAAAUGAAAUGUAAACACUGUAGAACGCCAACAGAUGUCCAGAUAGCCAAUAGAGGCUUCAGAGAAAUACAGACUAGCCAGAAGGGACGCCCGUCCCAAUUGACAAACUUUUUCACAUCUCAAGUGUUCGGUUGUGUAAUGCAUUAUAUUUUAAGUACUUGCAUUAUUUGGAAGUGC